GAUAAACUUUAUGGCCAGCUGAUCAGUGCUUAGAAAGCUACUGAACGUGUUGGAUGAGAACUUUGAGUUUAAAUUUUAUUCGUGAAAGUUUUUGGUUUGAAUUUUUAACAACAAAAAUGUUUGCUGGCCAUUGCAAGCAAUUGAAUAAAAUUAUAAAUACAAAUGUUAAUAAUAUAAGUAAAAUAUUUAAACGCUGCUUAACAGCGAAAUUAGUGGAGAAUAAAUACGUUGAGAUCCAAGAGCAGUCAUCCUCAGAUGCAGCGGCCAUGAAGUUCCCAGGUGUUUGGCUGCGCGACAAUUGCUGCUGUGAGGAAUGCUUCCAUCAAAGUUCUAAGUCACGUCGCAUAAAUUGGGACAAAUUUGAUACAAAAGUGCAAGUGAGCGACUUGAAGGCCGAUGCUAUAACAAAGCAAGUACAUAUAAAGUGGAGUGACCAGCAUCAAUCAAUUUUCGAUUUGAAAUGGUUAAAGGAACGCGAGUUUUCCGAUGUGCGUCGAAAAGAGUAUCUCACAGACUUCUACCGCCCGAAAUCGUUGCAUUGGAGCGGUGCAGACUUUGAGAAAAUUACCGCAAGAUUUGAUUUCAAUGCUGUGAUGGAAGACGACAAAGUUUUGCAAGCCUGGCUGGAGGCAUUAGCCGUGCGUGGUGUUGGUAUUAUAAAUAACGCUCCACUGGAGAAGACAGUCGUUCGUCAAUUAGCUGAGCGUGUUGGUUUCAUACGUAAAACAACCUACGGGUAAGUGAAGUGGAAUAAAAGGAAACAAUGCUAAUUCGUGUUGCAA